AUACAGAAAAACAAUAAUCCUUAAAGCUAACAUCAAUCCUUAAUUAGCUCUAUUUAUAGACAAAUCUGUUUAUCACAAACACACCUUCACUUGUUUGUCUUCAGUAACCAAUCUGAGCUCCAAGUUGCUUUGUAACACUUUCUUUAUGAUGUGAAUAAGAUUUAAAUUCUGCUUUCUGUAGGUUAUCACACUCAGCAGUUGACUUCCUGUUGAACUAGUCUCUGAUGUUUGCAGUAGAGGACAUCAUGGCAACUGCAGCAAUAGAUGAUCCGCCUCCUCUGAAGCGCAGUAGCAGCUAUGAGUUUCUGCCACCUCACAUGUCUGAGCUGAGGGUUGUUCUGCUGGGGAACAGCCGGUCUGAGAGGGAUUCAGUGGCGAACUUUAUACUGGGAGAGAAUGUGUUCAACAAAGCACCUGAAUGUUGUUUGAGAAUCAGUGGACAGCUGCAGGAGAAAAAAGUAGUUGUCAUCAACCCUCCAGAUCUGCUGCACUCCAACAUCUCUCAACGCGAUCUGACAGAACAUGUAGAAACCUUGUGAGAUUCUCUGCUCCUGGACCUCAUGUGUUCCUGCUGGUUUUACAGCCUGAAGGCUUCACUGAAGAACACAAACUGAGACUCUGCAGAGUCCUUCAGCUCUUCAGCGAUCAAUCAUUCGAUCAUUC